CCGCCAUGAUUUAGCGCGGGUCUGCUUAUGUAGCAGCACGCACCUUCAUUUCCAGUCUCUAUUUUCCUGCACACCACGACUACAGGCUUGUCGUAUCCAGUGAAAAGCGCAGGGUUUGCGAUUGCCGACAUGUGCCCCCCUUCUUCCUCGCCAUGAAACCUCUCAUCGUACGGGACAAAUAUCAGCUAGACCUUCGCCUAGGCGGUGGCUCGUAUGGCGAAGUGUACCAAGGCCAUGACAUCAAAACCGGGAAAGAAGUUGCUCUCAAACUCGAGUACAACCAAGUCACUCCUUCACAACUUGAAAAUGAGGUCGAAAUCUACAAAGAACUCGAUGGCGGCAAUGGCAUCCCUCGAGUAUUCUGGUAUGGCUCCGAAUGCGAGUUCAGAGUGAUGGCAUUUGAGCUCUUGGGCCCAAGUCUGGAGGACCUCUUCAACUAUUGCGACCGGAAAUUCUCCUUAAAGACGGUACUAUUGCUCGCGGACCAGCUCAUUCCUCGCUUUCAAUAUAUUCAUUCGAAGGGGUACAUCCACAGAGACGUCAAACCGGACAAUCUGCUCAUGGGUGUCGGAGUACACGGCAAUACGGUCUACACAACGGAUAUUGGUCUGGCUAAAGAGAUUGAGGAUCGGGAUAGGCGCAUGUACUCAGUCGUCGGCACGCUGAGAUACGCCAGCAUCAAUGCGCACUUAGGAAAAGAGCAGUCCCCUCGCGACGACAUGGAAUCGCUUGGAUAUGUCCUUUUGUACUUUCUUAAAGGCUCACUUCCCUGGCAGGGCCUGAACUAUAAAUCGAAGGACAAGGAGAACCUGAUAUCACAGAAGAAGCAGCAAGCAGAGGAGUACGGUCUCUUCGAGGGGGUUCCCAUUGAGUUCAAGAAGUACUUUGAGCUUAUCCGCUCGGGAAAGGAACUCGACUAUAGGCGUUUACGAGGCCUAUUCCGCGGUUUGUUCUGCCGCCAGCACUUCCAGUACGACAACGUCUUUGAUUGGACUAUACUAGUGUUCCAGGAGAAGCUGGAAGCAGAGCAGGAGACGUCAGAGGCAGAACAAAAUACGCCGGAAGCAGAACAGGAGACGAGCUGAUACUCUCCAACGAAAUUUGUAACAUGUGAACGAAUUUCCAAACCCAUGCAGAUAUGGUUAACAACACUUGUGCUGUCCCUAC